CAAUGGUUAACGUCAAACUGUGUACUCGUAUAUGCUAAGGAAUACAUACGAAUUAUAACUUCUCUAGUUAUCUGGUUUUAACUAAGCUAUUAAUUGGUAAUUUUGGAUCUAUAGCUCUACACAGAAAUUUAAAAAAUGCGUUGCAUAGAGUCUGUCGGUAAAAAAUAUUUUAUUCCUAGCAACUCUAGAUGAGAGUGUUUGCUCUACCUAUUGCGAGACGUCCAAUCUCUAUCUAGUCGGUGCUCUAUGGUAACUCUCUGGGCUGCGGACGUUCACGAAAAUUUUCCGAACAUGGCACGAAGCAGCAGGCAGCCACUUUGGUUCUUUCGUCAUCGUGUGCUGAUUACUACUGAAAUUUAAUUUAUAAAUUGCUGAGUGGGGUGAUAAUAAUUAUGUUGUUUUUAUCAAAGUGAACAAUAAAAUUGGUGAUGUUGGGCUUAGGUUUAUUAUCAUUUCGUCAGAAAACUACCAAAGAACACAAGUUCGUCGUAGAAAAUCAUAAAAAAUCGAGAAAGCUUCAAACGUGUUUGAAGCUUUCGUUUUUGCAUUAAUGGAACUAUGAACCUGGACUCUUUAACGUUGAGCUUAUCGCAUAUACAUUAUCUCGUCGUAAAUUUAAACAAGAAAAAUUUCAAGCAGACGAGUCAAGAAUUGAAUCAGAUUGUCAGUGUCUAUGGCUUGGAAGCAGAGAAUCAAGUUUUAAGAUGUCUUCUCACUGAAGCGGCAAGGAUAGCUUGGGACGGAGACCGUACAACUUCUGCAGCUACUAAUAGCAUCCACGCCUCCCUUCUUGGACAACAGUUGGCAGGCUUGCUCAAUCAUCCAGCUAAAUCAACAGUUGUUUGCCGGGCUGUUGAUCAUCCAACACGCUCUGUAACAAAGCUAUUAAAGCCUACAAAUGCACUAUUGAAUCGACUAUCUAGACUGUUGAAGUUAACUACAGCAGAGGAUGUUGCCUUUUCAUUGGCUCUGAGAAGGUAUUCAACAAAGAGUGAGAUAGUUGCAGUUGCAAAGCAGCACUUGAAGAAAAGAUUCUUGGAUUUAAUACAGUGCUAUCUCGACGCAGAACGGGGACAUCAGGCGGAGCGUGCAGGACUUCAGGAAUGCAGCCCUGAAGUGUUGCAGUCACUCCUCACGAGUCUCGCGCUCGACAAUAUCAAAUUAGCGGCAGUUACGAAGGAUUUGUUUUUGAAGAGACUGAGAUCAGACUUCCCUCGUGAAGUAGUCCCGAUAGUACUCGCACCGUUGAUUUAUCCGGACGACACUCAGACACCUCUCGAGGAAAUGACUUCAGCCGAUGAUAUGGCUGCUGCCAUGAUGGAGAAUUCCCUGCCAGAUAUUAUCCGAGAUAUGGGCCAUGCUUUUACAACUUCAGUUGAGGAUUGCAAGAACAAUAUGAUAAACUUUGGUGCGAGAGAACCAACCGCAAUAGACGUGGCUAGAAUCAUAGCUGUGAUGGUUCGCUAUCACAGUAACCAACAAGACGGUCCGCAAAUACAGACACCAGGCAACUUUUGGAUGAGUCAUGAAGCUAAAAAAGAACCAGCUGCACAUCCACACAGUGAAUGGAAUGCUGAAGUAUUUGUUCAGACAUUAAAAGAAUUAGCAUCUAAUCUGAACUGGAAGGAAGUGAUACUACAGCUGGAUCACCCAGAAUUCUUUGUACCAGACCGAACAGGACUAUCCCUACUAUUCACCAUACUGAGACUUGGUCUACAGAGCGCCGGCUAUCCGGCCAAUAUAUUCCCCGUUGAGUAUUUAUGCCGACGGUGGACGAAUUUGGAAGGACAGAUGAGUUUGAUCAGCCACAUUCUCAAACAUUCUGACGUAUUCUGUUUUGCCGAUCAUCCUUUUCAUCCAGUAUCAAUAGACAUUUUGAAAUCUCCUCCUGAGACCGACAACAAAGAAGUGGGCACUUGGCGUUGCCUCUACUUAGUGGAGUUACUGCUGUAUGCUGCAGAGCGUGGUUAUUACAUGCAAGUCCAUGAACUCUUUAAAAUGCCACUUCAACAUUGUCCCGAUAUUUUGCUCUUAGUUUUACUGCAAAUCAGUCCACCGAUUACUGUCUUUAGGCAAGAGUUAUUGACGACACUGAUUCCAAUAUUUCUAGGUAAUCAUCCAAAUUCAGGCAUAAUUCUCCACCACGCCUGGCAUACACAGAACCCUAACAUAAAACCUAUCAUCAUGCACUCAAUGGCAGAUUGGUACAUACGCGGUGAGAGUGACCAAUCCAAAUUAUCUAGAAUUUUGGACGUCGCACAGGAUUUAAAGGCGCUGUCGCUCUUAUUGAAUGUACAAUCGUUCCCGUUUGUUAUUGAUUUGGCUUGUUUGGCGUCUAGGAGGGAGUAUCUCAAAUUAGAUAAAUGGUUGACCGACAAAAUCAGAGAUCACGGUGAGACGUUUGUGUCGGCUAUGGUGAAAUUUUUACAAAGGCGAUGUCCACAGGUGCUCGGCAAGGCACCCGAAGAACAAUUGCCUAAGGCUGCGCAGCUGCCACCCGAAACGAUUACAACAAUGUUGGCUUGCUUACAACUAUGCAUUCCAAAUGUUUCUCAAGAAUUACAGGAGGCUAUUUACAACGUAAUAGGAAGCUGUCAGACGUUAAUACUCAGCAAAACACGACAAAACAUUGCGGGAAUAGCAAGACCUCAUACAAGGGUCAUGGAAACUCAAUUCAAUCCAGCUGGCCUAGGAGGGCAAUUGUUUACACCCCACGUUGACGCUAUCGGUAAUUUGGCACCGGGCAUGGCAAAUAUGACUUUAGGUGCCCCCGCGAAUACUGCAUUUGCUAUGCCCGGUACACUCGGACCACUCGUAACCACUCCGGGCUCUCCUGUUAGGCUACUUGGAGGCGGACCUAACAGUCCGUUUGCCAUGAUGCCGUUACCGCCCAACGCAAACCUCGGAGCGCUCGCGAGAAUGGCUCCCGCUCCCGCGAUUGAUAAACCUCGUCUGCAGGAUCCCAUUCCCUUCCCGGAAGUGAUGCACACCGUUGCUAAGGAAAUCGAGGACGAAGCAAACAGUUACUUCCAAAGGAUAUACAAUCAUCCUCCACAUCCGACUUUAUCAAUAGACGAAGUACUAGAUAUGCUCAAAAAAUUUCAGGAUUCCCCUAACAAGAGGGAACGGGAAGUAUUCUCAUGCAUGUUGCGUAAUCUUUUUGAAGAGUAUAAGUUUUUCCCCCAAUACCCCGACAAAGAGUUACAAAUUACUGCUCAACUGUUUGGCGGUAUCAUCGAAAGAGGAUUAGUCCCAAGCUACGUGUCUUUAGGGUUAGCGUUGCGUUUCGUUCUUGAUGCUUUACGAAAGGCCGAGGGAUCGAAAAUGUAUUAUUUCGGAAUUGCGGCUUUAGAUCGUUUUAAAUCUCGUCUUAAAGAUUAUCACAAAUAUUGUGAGCACGUUCGCGCUAUUCCGCAUUUUAGUGAAUUCCCUCCCCAUUUGAUCGAAUAUGUCGAAUAUGGCUUACAAAGCCAAGAACCUCCCAAUAAACCCCAGGGGCCGGUACUUCCUGCUACGUUGGCUGCUAUUCUUAAUCAGAGUGCCGUUGUAACUGUCUCGGCGCCUUAUAGGUACGUAUCAGUUGGAUAUUACCAAUAUACUAACUUUAAUGCAGCCCACGUAAUGAAUAGUGAUUUUUUCCACAGGCCAGUAGUUUGUGCUCCUCCAUCUAUUUCGGUGAUGUCGAAAAUGGCCGCGUGCCCUGCUGGAAGCAUGGGUAGUAGGCCAUCUAUCGCGAACGCUACAAAUAUCGACACUCUUUUGACUGCUACUGACAGGGAAGAAAAAAUUAAUGCCCCACCAGAACCCAUACAAGAUAAAACUGCUUUCAUUUUUAACAAUCUUAGUCAACUUAAUUUGCAAACCAAAUGUGAAGAACUUAAGGAAGUACUUACCGAUGAAUACUAUCCCUGGCUUUCUCAGUACCUUGUUAUGAAGAGAGCCUCUAUUGAACUCAAUUUCCAUGCUUUGUAUUCUAAUUUCCUUGAUGUUCUUAAAGUCCGCGAAGUAAAUAAAUUAGUCACAAAGGAAACUUAUCGCAAUAUCCGUGUGUUAUUGCGUUCAGAUAAAGGAAUCGCUAAUUUCUCGGAUCGAUCGCUUCUCAAGAAUCUUGGUCACUGGCUCGGCAUGCUAACACUUGCAAGAAACCAGCCGAUUCUCCUCCUCGACUUGGAUUUAAAGGCGUUGGUCCUCGAAGCCUAUCAUAAAGGCCAGCAAGAACUGCUUUAUGUGGUUCCUUUCGUUGCGAAAGUUUUAGAAUCUUGCGCGAAAAGUGUAGUAUUUAAACCUCCGAACCCGUGGACGAUGGCCCUUAUGAACGUUCUAGCAGAACUACAUCAAGAACCCGACUUGAAAUUGAACCUAAAAUUUGAAAUCGAAGUAUUGUGUAAAAACUUAGGCCUGGACAUAAUGGAUUUGAAGCCUUCCCUUUACUUGAAAGACCCUGAAAAAUUGAGGCAGAUUGAGUUCCAACUAUCACAGCCGAAGCCAAACAAAGAAGCCGCAAAUACAAUGCCGGUCAACCCGCCAAUUCAAGUACCACCGCCGCAGAUACCAAUAAUGCCGCCUCAGCCUCCGAUGAUUCCUGCUGAAGAAAUGGCAGGACCUGUCCCUCCUCCACCAACUGGCUUAGUGCCCGCCGAUCCUGGUCUGAUGGGCGUGCUCGGUAUGCCAGAACCCAGGUUCAACUAUUUGGAUGUGAACGUAUCCUCCACGUCUGCGUUCGGACAAAAGAUUUGUUUCAACCCUCACAUAAUCUUAUUCCAAAACUACCCGCAUCUUAAACAGUUUGUAAAGCCCGCGAUCGAGAGAUCGAUCCAAGAAUGGAUUCACCCAGUCGUUGAUAGGUCUAUCAAGUAUGCUUUGACAACUUGUGAACAGAUCAUACGGAAGGAUUUCGCAUUGGACCCUGACGAAGUUCGAAUGCGUACCUGCGCUCAUCACAUGAUGCGCAACUUGACUGCCGGCAUGGCAAUGAUCACAUGCCGAGAGCAGAUCAUCACCACCAUCAGCACUAAUCUGAAGGCAGCUUUCAUCACUGCUCUCAUGCCAUCAACACAACAACAAAAAGAAAUCAUCGAGAGUGCAGCUGCUGUCCUUGCUACUGAAAACAUGGAACUGGCCUGCGCUUUCAUUCAGAAGACAGCCGUUGAGAAGGCUCUACCUGAAUUAGACAAACGCUUGAUUAGCGAUUACGAAAUGCGAAAACUGGCCCGUCAAGAAGGCCGCCGCUAUUAUGACACCAUCGUCGUGACUUACCAGACUGAAAGGAUCCCGGAAAGAGUCCGCCUGCGCGUCGGAGGUCCGACAGACAUGCAGAUAUCAGUAUACGAAGAGUUCGCAUGCAACAUUCCGGGAUUUGUCCCCGUCAGAGAUGCGGGCAUGUUCAUCCCGAAGCCGUCUCAAGAGCAGAUUCCACAGCUGUUCAUGAAUCCAGCUCAAGUGUACGGCGCUGACGAGAUGGGCGCUCUGAUAAACACUGCGGAACUAUUCCUUGCCAAUUCCUUAGGUGUGGCUUCCUUGGCUGUCCAGGCAGCGAACAUGCAUACGCUGCUCGAGUGCUUGUUUAUGGCGAGACGGAGUCGCGAUAUUGUGUCUGGCUGUACUCUACUGCAGAAGGCUGUAGAUGGUUUGCUUGAUGGACAUUUAGUCCCACCCGGUGCGAGCAACGAACACAUCGAAAUGAUGGCCCGCUACCGCGACAUCCACCUUCGUGUCCUGAAACUACUCGAAGACGCCAGAGUCUAUGGACACGUUUGGACUUCCAAGCAGAUCACCUGCUGCUUGAUUGAAUGCAGGGAGGAACUCCGAUACAAUAUCGAGGCUGUUGACUGCCUUAUCAGAAACCAUUUGGUUAAUCUACCACAGUAUGAUAUCGCCCUUGCUCAUAUGAUGGACAAUGGCAAUAACUACGUGGCGGUAGCAUUCGCUAUGCAACUAGUACAGCUGUAUCUUGUCGAUGACAGAAAUAACAUGUACGUUAACGAAUCUGACUUGUACCACACGACCGAAAUGUUAGUGAGGGUCAUGUCCCACUCAAGGACGCCUCCGCCCGAGGGUCUGGGCUCCCUGAUCGAGAUUUUGAGGGUGAAUCAGGACCCUAGUGCAUAUUUGGGCGAAAGGUCACCGCUCGGACCGACGGCCCACAUACAUUCUGGAAUACUGCAAGUUCGAGCACAAAACUAUGACGACCCACCCGGACUUCAAGAGAAGACUGAGAAUUUACUCCGUGAAUGGAGGAAUGUUCUCCUCAGUCCUCUGACAGAGAUCGAACUGGCGCAGAACUUCAACUUGUAUGUCCACCGAAUGAACAUGAACGGCAUUCUCAAAUCUGAUGACAUGAUCGCUAGAUUCUUCAGAAUGGCCUCGCAGAUGUGCAUCGAGAAUGUAUACCAACUUCUGAACGAGGACAGGGUUAAUCCACCUCCAGUGCCUCAGAAACGUGAGAAAUUCUACACCAUGUGCGACUCUUUUAUCAAACUUGUCUCGCUUUUGAUCAAGAAUACAGCCGAUAGCGGAAAUCCCACUCCGAAAUUAAACCUUCUGAACAAGAUUCUAGGCAUUAUAGUUGGCUGGCUACUCCAGGACCACGAUGACCAGGGCACCAACUUCCAGCAGCUACCGUACCACCGCCUACUCCUGAUUCUGUUCCUCGACAUGAACAUGGCUGAGCCUGUUCUAGAAUCUAUGAACUAUCAGGUUCUGACUGCGUUCUGCCACACCCUUCGCAUUAUCAAACCAAGUGUCGCUCCCGGAUUCUGUUACGCGUGGCUCGAGAUUGUGGCCCACCGUGCCUUCAUAAACCGCGUCCUAGCUGUUACUCCACAACAAAAGGGCUGGGGAAUGUACUCGACCUUACUCAUUGAGCUGUUCAAAUUCCUUGAUCCAUUCCUGCGUAACACUGAGCUUGCUCCUCCGGUCAUGACGCUAUACAAAGGAACCCUCAAGGUGUUGUUGGUCUUACUCCAUGAUUUCCCGGAGUUCCUGUGCGAUUACCACUAUGGUUUCUGUGACGAAAUCCCCCCGAACUGCAUUCAAAUGCGCAAUUUAAUACUGUCCGCUUUCCCGCGGAACAUGAGGCUUCCCGAUCCGUUCACGCCGAAUCUGAAAGUUGACUUGCUCCCGGAAAUUGCUCUACCGCCUCGUGCGGUCAUCAACUAUUCUACGAUCAUCUCUGCGUCACAGUUCAAGAAGGAUUUGGACGCGUACCUCAAAGCGAGAGCUCCAGUUACCUUCCUGUCUGAAUUAAGGGGAAAUAUGCAGGUUGCGAACGAGCCUGGCAAGCGAUACAACAGUCAGCUGAUGAACGCGGUUGUCUUGUACGUCGGCACACAGGCCAUUGCCUAUAUUCGUGCUAAAGGGCAAACUCCGAAUAUGUCGACGAUUGCACAUUCAGCUCACAUGGAUAUCUUCCAGAACUUUACCGUGGAUUUCGAUUUUGAAGGCCGGUACCUGUUCUUGAACGCGAUAGCCAAUCAGCUGCGUUACCCGAACAGUCACACGCACUACUUCUCUUGCUGUCUCCUCUACUUGUUCGCGGAGGCCAAUUCGGAAGCAGUACAAGAACAGAUCACCAGGAUGCUCCUGGAACGGCUGAUCGUCAACCGUCCGCACCCUUGGGGUCUGCUCAUCACUUUCAUCGAACUAAUCAAGAAUCCCAUCUACAAAUUCUGGUCCCACGAAUUUGUACACUGCGCUCCGGAGAUAGAGAAGCUUCCAAUCUGAGGCUAGCACGAGCCAGGCGCCUCAGCCGCAGCCGUCCACCUCUACCCAACCCCCCAAAGGCCCAAUGCAGUGGAACAAGCUGUUCAAGAAGUAAAUGACUUUUGAAACAAGUGAACGUUUUCUCUAAAGACACUGUGAUAGUGAAAUGUGUAGUGUAAGUGUUUAUAUCUUAAUCCUUAAACAACGGUCACAAAUGGUUUAUAUAUAAUAUAUAUAUAAAUAAAUUAAUUGAUGCAUGUAUAAAAAUAAAAAAUAAAUCUUUCAAUGAUUAUUACUAAAUUGUGAGUUAUUUGAAAUUGGCAAUGAAAAUAUUUGAAUUAUUAUGUAUUUUUUUAUUUAUUAUUAAUUGUGUUUAAUUUUUGUUAAUUGAAAAUAGUAAUUUAAUAUUUGUAUGUUAUCUUUAUAAAAUUGAAGGAAAUAAAAAGUGGUUUAAUAUUUAAAAAAAAAAAAAACAAUGUUUCUUACGUAACUAUUUGUGGCCUAAAUGUGAUUAUCGGACGCGGCGUUGUCUCGGCUCUGACAUAAUAACGGUUCAAAAUGUGUACGGAUUAACGUUUAAUUAAUGUUUAAAUAAAAACACGAACAUGAUUGCAUCGGAAUGUAUGGAGACUGGCUUCGUGUCAGAACCUUGUAAAUUUUACACGUUUGUCUGUGAUUUUACAAAACGGCACGGACACAUUGAUGUUGCGCAUUUUAUUUUAAGCGUAUUUGACUAGUAUCAAAGCCGGCAAUGUGAUUUUUGGACAAUUAUUGGUAAAUCAGAAAAACGAAUUAUUGACUUUGUAUUCCAUUGGCAGCCACAAAACUCUUCUGAACGACAUCUUAGAUAAAUAACAGGUUAAGUAUUAACCUUUAUUUAAUGCAGGUUUUGAACCGUAUUCUUUGAAGGAGACGAUUAUAUUCAAAUCAAUCUGUAUUGACAUAUCAAUAAAAUUUUUUGUUCAAAUGCACAGAUUGCCAGCUUUGAUAAUAGACGACUCAUUUGUUAACGCGAUCGAUAUGCAAUUCAAUAUCUAAAUAUACAAUUCUCGAAGCCAGCCACACAUGAUAAUACAAAAUACGAUUACAUCAUUCUUAUAACAGAGAAUGUUCUCGAAAAUACGAUUUCGAUUUCGUCGGUAAACAAAGUUGACUCUAGUGCUGAAAUAAACACAGCGAAUCAUGUUUAUGAAAAUUUUUGAAUCUAAUUAUCUCAAAUACGAGCAGGUCAUGUGUAACGUGUUUGUUUCGUAAACACUAUUACAAUUACUGCGAAGUGGGUAGCCGCAACCAUUGUAACAUGAGUAUGCGUACACACAUUUUUUUAAUUAAAUUAUCUUGAUGUGUUUUUCGGUCUAAUGUAACGUAUCUUAGUAUGUUCUGCAGUCUAAUAAUGACUGCUUCAUUUGAAAUGUAUGUAGUAUUAAAGUGACAUUUCGUGCACUCAUAGCAGGCACGUGUAGUUUUUAAGCAAUUUAAUAGUUGGGAUUGUGGAGUCCAUCUCCAAGGAAAAAAAAAUGCGUGGAUGGGGCGCUUGUUUCGGCCGCCGUUGGGUGUAUAAUAAUUGGCUCGUAUGUUUUUAUUUUUCUGACCUCGUUAACAAUUAUAUAAAAAAAUGAACGUGGUAGAUCUUGAUAUAUGUAUAUAUAUAUAAUUUUUUUGUCGUAUUUUACUUUUAUUUGACGUAUUGUGAUGGUCCGCUUUGACGUUUGUCCGUUUCCUGUCUUGCCGCUGGAAAUGGACAAUAUCGAAAAAACUUUUAUGUUGCAAAAUCGACGCGCCCGCUCCGUGUGCCGUCGAGAAUCGUUUUAGGUGAAGGCGAUAAUCGCUCAAUGAUAUCGAUUUUAACGAACGAAUGUUUUUUUGAUUGGCCGUUGGAUAGUGACGCGUUUAGUAUUAAGAUAAUCGAUAUUCGAAUAAUCGCUAUACGACAUUAUGUGUGUGAAGUAUAUUCAAUAUACUAUGUUUUUAGUCUUUAAGGAACGCGGCGGUUUAUCGCUGAAUCGAUCGUUUGCCGAGCGAUUCGUUCGCGCUUUUGCUGCAUCUCGGGCGUUGUUCGUAGGCGCUCGAAACGAUCGAUUAUAUUAUUAUAGCGUUUGGUUUGUAACUUGUGUUAGCAUUAAGGAAUGUUUGAACAGAUUGUAAACGCUCAGCGUAUGCCCAACGUUUGACUCUGUCACGUAUGCCGCAAAACUUACUUUUGUAAUCAUUAAUAAAUAAUUAUAAUAAUAUCUACGUAUAUUUAAAUAAAUUUUAAACGCAGUACGCAUUUUCUCAAAAAGUAGUGAUUUUUUCUUCUAUCUCUCUCUCUCUCUCUAUCUCUUUCUUUCGUCUAGACGUUUUUUUGAAAUGUUUCUUUAGGAUACUUUAAGAAUUUACGCUACAAAUUCGUCAAUUUAAGCCACGUAAUCGCGUCUUUUAAACGAUUUUGUAGUAAUAAAAUUAUUUUCCAAUUCUAUAAUCGUUUUGUUUUUUAUUUUGUUUUAUGAAUAUCUACAAAAUUUGUUACAAUUAAACGUCUGGACGAAUAUAAUAUGGUAAAUAAUAAAUUAUGCUAUGUAAA